AUGGCCGAUUACACUGCUCCCGGAGCCCCCGGCACCAACAACGCCGCUCCUACCAUGAACGGCAACUCUGAGGCCAACUUCCAGGCCCCCGCCGCCCUUGUUCAGCCCGGCACCAACGAGGCCAGCAAGACCCUGUGGAUGGGCGAAAUGGAAGGCUGGAUGGACGAGAACUUUAUUAAGAACGUUUUCACCACUGUCCUCGGCGAGACAGUUCAGGUCAAGGUCAUCCGCGAUCGCAACUCUGGCAACGCCGGCUACUGCUUCAUUGAGUUUGCCACCCCUGAGGCCGCUCAGAAGGCCCUUAACCUGAACGGCACCCCGGUUCCCAACAGCAACCGUGCCUUCAAGCUGAACUGGGCUUCCGGCGGUGGUCUGAUUGACCGUCGCGAUGAUCGUGGCCCCGAGUAUAGCAUCUUCGUCGGCGAUCUGGGUCCCGAGGUCAAUGAGUUUGUCCUCGUCUCGCUUUUCCAGUCUCGCUUCCCGUCCUGCAAGUCAGCUAAGAUCAUGACCGAUGCCAUGACCGGCCAAUCCCGCGGCUACGGAUUUGUUCGCUUUUCAGACGAAGGAGAUCAGCAGAGGGCGCUCGUCGAGAUGCAAGGCGUUUAUUGUGGCAAUCGUCCGAUGAGAAUUAGCACCGCGACUCCGAAGACUAGAACUCAUCAGUACGGCGCUCAUGCACCCCAUGCCGCCAACCCCAUGAUGGCCCCUGUCCCCGCUCACGCGACCAACCUUCAGUGGGGAGUUCCCCCCCAGCCGUACUAUUCCGGUUUCAACCCGAUGCAGCCCAUGAACCAGUUUACCGACCCCAACAACACGACUGUCUUCGUCGGCGGUCUCUCUGGCUACGUCACUGAGGAUGAGCUCCGCUCCUUCUUCCAAGGUUUCGGUGAAAUCACCUACGUUAAGAUCCCUCCCGGCAAGGGAUGCGGUUUUGUUCAGUUUGUCCACCGCCACGCGGCCGAAAUGGCCAUCAACCAGAUGCAGGGUUACCCGAUCGGCAACUCUCGCGUCCGUCUCUCCUGGGGUCGCUCCCAGAACAACUCCGGCGUCGGUACUCCCUACCGCCCCGCCCCCCCUCCGCCUCACUACAUGGGCCCUCCUCCUCCGCCCGGCCCUGCUGGUCCUUAUGGCGCUCCUCACUUCGGCGGCAACGGCGGACCGCCCCCGGCUUUGGUAGGCCAGACCCUUUUUAAUCAGUAUACCCCGGCCCCCUCCCCGGCUCAACUUGCCGGCUCCCCGAAAAUCCCGCCCACUCCUGUUUUGGCUUAUGCCACUCUUUACACGGCCCCAGUGACCCCCCCGCCGGCCACAUUGGAGGCGUCCAAACCUGGACGUCGCCGCCAGCCCACUAGCAGAGUUGCUAGUGGCAGCAACGGCCGUGUUCUCAACGGCCGAAUCACCAAGCCUAAGACUGAACCCAGUGGUUCACAUGGCCAAGUUGGCCGCUUCUUCCGCCGUGGCGGAAUGAAAUGA